ACCUGCGCCACCAUUACCGACCAAAGCAGUCACAGAAGGACCAAGUAGGACAUACUCCCCACCGAUGCCUUCAGUAGCGGAGACAGAAGCAUUGUCAACUAUUCCAGCUAUGACCAGUACGCCAAUGACUAGUUCAAGUGCGGUAAUGCCAUCCCAGCUGCCUCCAAGUGCAGUGAUUGAACCCAGUCGUACAUACAUCUCACAGACGGAUGAACCAACCCAAAUAGUUGUUACCCCAACACCAGUUCCUACCACUCUGGAACUCACAACUACAUCAGAGCCAUUAAAACCACAAAUUACAACUGGCAAAACUCCAUUGACGACUACCUCCACAGUGGUUAAACCCAACAAGGUACCUUUAGUUCGAAACCCACCAAUCAUGCCAGAGAUCAUUACUGGCAAAGUAUUUAAAUACCAAAUUCCCCAGAACACAUUUUAUGAUGAGGAAGAUGGUGACACAUUCAAUCUGAAACUUGUUUUCACAACAUCUGAUGGUAUGCCUGUUCCAUCUGAUUCCUGGAUUCAAUUUAAUACGAAUUUGCAAACCUUGAUUGGUCUGCCGAUGAAGACUGAUGCCAGGCAGAACAAUAAGUACAUAUUAACAGCAGUCGAUAGCGGUGGUAAAAUUGCUAUUGUUCCAAUGGACUUAGAUGUAACACUGAGUAGUCUUAAGAAGAACCACGAAUUUAAGAUAUCUCUAGUAGAUGGUUCGAAAGACCUGGAUAAUAAAGUGACAACAAAGGUUGACAUUAUUGAAAGAUUGGCAACUUUGUACGAGGAUCCAACUACUGAUUUUAUCUCUGUUUCAUCCUUUGACAAAGAUUCAUGGACACUUGGCUGGAGUAACAAUACUCAACGCUAUGACCCUUGUCCAAGAAAAAAAAUUAAACUGCUUACUAAAGUUAUAGAAAAAAUGAAAGGAACUCCAGGUGUACCAAGUCAGGCCUUAAAGGAAGCCAUGAGACCAGAAUAUGUUGUAACUAGAGUCGAAGAUACACCUUUUGGGCCUUGCACUGAGGAGGAGAUUGCCACAACUAAGGCUCCACCAAGGAUUGUUUCACCUGUACCAACAUUAACUCCCAACACAGCACCCAUUCUAUUAAACCACAUUGACAGAGUAGUUGUCUAUGAUGGAGAAACAUUCAGUUAUCAAAUCCCACAAGAUACUUUUUAUGAUGCGGAAGAUGGUGUCACACCGAAUUUGAAAUUGAUAUUCUUGACCAUUGAAGGAGUAAUGAUGCAUAAAGCUUCAUGGGUACAAUUUAACGUUACUUCCCAGACUCUGUACGGCAUACCAAUUAACAGAGUAGGUAAAUACGAAUACAUAAUGGGUGCAAUGGACAGUGGCGCUAAAAUUGCACGAGAUGCAUUUGAAAUUGAAGUAGUUAUGAAUCCUCACAAACCAAACUAUGAAUUCAGUGUGACUCUGUCCAAUGACAUUACAGAAUUUGAGAAUGAUGUUUUUAAAACUAUGGAUCUAGUUGGACGUAUUGCUAUGUUAUACGGUGAUGAUUCAAAUGACGCAAUCACUGUGGCUUAUAUGAAGAAGGGCUCUACCAUUCUUGGUUGGAGUAAUAAUACAAUGAUAUAUGAACCAUGUCCAAUUGAGGCAAUUGGAAAAUUAGCAAAGUUACUAGAAACAGAUAAACAUCAACCAACUGAAAUAUUUAUUAACACUCUAGCGCCUGAAUAUGAAGUGUUGAGUGUUAGCACGUCUCCAAUAGGUCCUUGCGUUUCACCUAAUAAAGGAACAGAGGCACCUGAAGGUCCAGGGAUAGCUGAAUCAUCUGGUCUUACAAGUGAUGAAGAGAUAUGGGUCAUAACAGUUGUUCCUGCAUUAAUUGUAGCCGCUGUACUCUUACUUGCCGGUUUGAUUAUUUUCCUGUGUUAUAGAUACAGUCGUAAAGGUAAACUAUCCGAUGAAGAUGAGGACACGUUCAUUCACAAGGGCGUUCCAGUUAUCUUCACGGAUGAAAUGGAUGAUGCAGAGAAGCCACCUUCGUCUGCAUCUCCAUUAAUUAUGAGAGAGGAAGUACCUCCUGUUCCUCCCCCAGAGUAUCCCAGACAAGGUUCACCCAGCAGUAACCAUCCUCUGUUGGCACAUUCUUUUGAAGAUAAUGCAGACUUGGAUGAUACUUUUUUCUACCAACCACCUUCUGGUCUCUCAUCUACGCCAGACAGCCGACGAUCUACUCCUCGUAAUUUACGUGCAUAUAGACCACCACCUCCUUAUGUACCUCCAUAAUAAACAAUCUUGAGCACAAAAAUCAGAAAGUACAGAGGACCAACUAUGAGAGCAGGUUGUCCUCAUUACAGCUUUUGUAUGGAUAUUUUAUUUUGGAUUCUGACACAUUAUUAUAAUCGUUGAUCACGCCAUUACCUCAGCAUUGUCCAAGAUAUUAUUGUAACUUUUGGUUCUAUCAUUACAUUACAACUAUAUUCAUAUUACUAUUUUAUGUAAGUUCUUAUGACUUUAUCAAUUACUUGAAAUAAUGUCAACCAACUUCCCUGCUUUUGUUAUGAGGUACGUAAACUUUGGGAGAAUCAAGUACAUGGAUCAUAUCACAAUUCCAAAUUUUAGUGCAUUGUGGAAUAGUUUUGUCAGGUUGCACGAGUAGGCAUGCUUUUGAUUUUGGGGGCUGCAUUCAGUCAAAACUAUCCCACAAUCCACUAUGAUAUUGUCUAUGCAGGGAUUGCCAACACUGCUUUAUGGUAUUUGCCUUAAUUUUCUUUUUUUUAAGUUAUCUUAAUUUUAAUUAAUUAUUUUAAUAUAUUUACUUUGAAUGCAGUGAUCUAUCUCCCUUGGGUUUAUUAAGCAUGGUACCAUUAUGCUUGAAUUGUUGAAAAAAAACAAAAACAUUGAAGCUUGUUAAAUCUAUUGUAUUUAAUUGAAAAUUCUGGUAUAGUCAUAUGCACAAUCAGAUGCAGUGCUUGGACAAAAUCCUGUGCGAGAUUGGUGGAAUAUACCACAUUUGCUCUAUUAUUAGUACAUGCAAUUGUAUUUGGUGUGUCUAUAGUCAAAACAAGUCAUACUGUAUAUUAAUGUACUUCUAAUUGGAACAAAUGUGGUUACGUAUAUUUGUCUGUC